AUGCGACGUGGCGGUGCGACAAAGCUUGCUGCACGCCAAGUGCGAAAUGGGUUCCACGGUUCUCGCAACAUGCGGCUCGCCAAGCAAUAUAGUCAUUGCGCACGACAAAAUAGCUCUCGACCGAUCGCGAGGAAAUACAUCCCUGCAUGCCACGCCGCGUUUCCACCGCGACUCUUAAUGUUUCGAACGGCGGCGACCGUUGUAGAUGGCCAGCUUUACAGCGGCGGCCCUUUGGCAGAGUAUGAUAGACGAGUCGACAAUGGUCUUUUGCGCAAUGACGAGCAUCAGCGAGGCAUCAUUGAGAGUCUACAGCAUUUACACAACGAAUUGCGCAAGUACGACGCCCCAGAGGUCGUCCACCCGGAUGUCGAGUCCCUGAAACCAGCCAAGAAGUCGGUGUUUUCGUCAAUAUUCGGCACGAGCAACAAGGCGCAAUCUCGCAUUGGCGAUAUCCCCGAGAACUUACCUCGCGGCCUAUACUUGUACGGCGAUGUUGGCAGCGGCAAGACCAUGUUGAUGGACCUGUUCUACGACACUCUACCACAUUCUGUCAAGACCAAGACGAGAAUCCACUUCCACAACUUCAUGCAAGACGUACACAAGAGACUACACAGGUUGAAGAUGGAGCACGGAAGUGACGUGGAUGGUGUGCCUUUUGUCGCGGCCGAUAUCGCAGACCGUGGAAACGUACUGUGCUUUGACGAAUUUCAGUGCACCGAUGUCGCGGAUGCCAUGAUUCUGCGAAGAUUGCUAGAGUGCCUCAUGUCGCACGGCGUUGUUCUCGUCACGACAUCCAACCGCCACCCGGAUGACUUAUACAAGAACGGAAUCCAACGAGAGUCCUUCAUCCCCGCGAUCAACCUCCUCAAGAACAGGCUCCACGUCAUCAACCUCGACUCCCCCACAGACUACCGAAAAAUCCCACGGCCGCCCUCAGGAGUCUACCACACGCCGCUCGACGACCACGCCAACUCCCACGCCGAGAAGUGGUUCGGCUUCCUCGGAAACACAGAAGACAACCCACCGCACCCAGAGGUCCAAAAAGUCUGGGGCCGUGAAAUCUACGUCCCACGCGUCAGCGGCCGCUGCGCCUGGUUCACAUUCGACGAACUGAUACGGCAGCCGAAAUCCGCAGCCGACUACCUCGAGCUGGUACGAGCCUACGACGCCUUCAUCGUGACAGACGUGCCGGGCAUGACGAUCCGCGAGCGCGACCUAGCCCGUCGCUUCAUCACCUUCAUCGACGCCGUCUACGAGGGGAACGCGAAACUGGUCCUCACGACGGAGAAACCGCUAACAGAGCUCUUCGUUUCGCGGGACGAAAUCGCAGAGCAUCUGCUGCAGGGCAAUCCCAAGGAGGAAAAGGACCAGAUCAGGUCCACUGUCAAGGAGCUGAUGGAGAGCGUGGACGAACAGGCCGAACAGCUCAAGAGCUCAAAUCUUUUUGCGGGCGAAGAAGAAGCAUUCGCGUUUGCGCGUGCCCUCAGCCGGCUGAAGCACAUGGAGAGCAAGGAAUGGGUCGAGCGAGGCAUGGGCCUAGAGGAACAGGGCGGCAAGAAAGAUAGAGAUAGCUGGACUAAGACGAGGAGUCGGCAAAUGGAGGACUCGAUGUAA